AUUUUCAUCACCAUCGUCAUUCUUAUCUACACAUCACUUUCUUGUGCAAUGUGUGACAUAGCCAGCAUCCGUUACCAUGUAAGCAUACAGAAGGAGGGCAUACGAAAGCGAAACGACCGUAAAAAGUAGACCAUUCACUUGAUCGAAAUGCACGCACCACUGUGAGCAUCGUCAUCGGCCGAUAUACUAUGGAAACAUAACAUUCGUGUGACAUUCGUGUGGCUUACUGAUGGUUAGAAGUUAGAAAAACUUGGCCUUUUCGCUACAGUCCCAAACAUUGCGCUGGUAGUUGGGCGGUAAACUGGAAUGAAGUACGCGGUCGAGGUAGACAGCACGCAUGGAAUCCUUGGCAGUCAAGUAAUGUGCGGCUAAGGGUAACCGGGUCAACGGGAAUCGUGCCCUCCGGUCGCGAAUGCAGAGGCCAACCGAAAUUGCAGAGCUCACGCACUUGACUGGUGGUUCACAUGUAGCGUUUUAUGUAACCUCUUGUAAGCAAAGGAAGAAAGCUUACGGUUAUGAAGUGACACAAAGGAGCGAAAAAGAGCAAGAGAAACCAAGGUGGAUGGAAGCGGAAUGAGAAAGACAGUUAAACGCGGCGACUAGGUAACCGUUGAUGGUAGCGAUGGUGGCCUUCGAUGGGUGAAGUUGUAAAUCAAUCGUGAAACUCCACGAAAAAAAAAACAAACGGCCAGCAAACGCAGGCCGAUACUUCCAAGAAAGCGAUUUCCCAGAAAAGCUUCACACCACACCAUAACUAACCCUACAUCGCAGCGGGAGAUGUAAAAAGCCUUUGCUAAAUAUCAAUUUGUAUUACUUUUGACAGUUCGUAUUUACGAUCCUUACAAACUUCACACGUAAGCACCGAUGAGUUUUUCAGGGAGCAAAAACCAAAUUGCCUACCCGGCGCAAGUGAACCAUUAGACAUAUCGUGACUAAGUGAAGGAGCAAGAAAUCUACCGCUGGUCUGUGUGGGCAUAAAAAAAACUCAAUUCGUUGUAAAAGCAAACACAUAUUGGUCGAGGGCGUGUGAGUGGUGAAAACACUAAGAACGAAACGGCCCAUGUCAAGGGGUAAACAGGGAGGAAAAUCAAAAUGGACGGAAGUCCGAAUGGGUUAGCGCCCGGAAUCAAACGUUAAUUAUUGAUAGAUAUCUGCGAACCCAUUCAUGUGUAGUGGCUUGCUAACGUGAUACCAUAUACCUCUACUAGCUUAUGGGUGGGUGUAUGCAAUAAGCACCCCAGACACCAUGCUCCAUAUCGAGCGGUUUUUGUAGCGUUUACAACACGCUCAGAACUGGGAAGUGAAAUUCGGAAAUAACAAAAUCUGUACUAUCUAUGUCAGUGUGUGUGUGUGUGUGUGUGUGUGUAUGUAAAUGGAAAUAGAGCUGAUCCUAGUGGCAAGUCAGUGAUUGUCCAGAUUUCGGUACAGGCGAUAGUCCCGUGCAAUGACGAGACAAGUUUUGUUCACAUCGUGUAUCAGUAUCAGGAAACAUCGAUUUUGGCUACAGCAAGGACAAGUGUCAAAAAUGUUGCGUAGGCGUAGGAAUAAACUGGAAUAGGCUAUGGACAAUGUUGUGAGUAGCGCAAAAUCAUCCUCUACAUAGGAACUCCUUCCUUCCUGCGCCAACGGGCAGGAGGAAUCGUAAAAAAAACUACAACAAAUAGUAAUAACCCAACGAGACACUAUCUAGCUGGCAACAGUAUAACAAGUCAACGCCUCGGACCCGUGGACUGUUUGGUGAAGGUGGGCAAUGCGUCAAGCCAGUCAACUGCACCACAUGUGUGAAGAUGUUAUUUCAGAGUACCGUGUCUCGGAGCGGUUGGAAUGGUCGUAAAGUGCUGCCAUAGUAACGGGGAUGGAAACAAACGACCCGCAAACAUAGGAAGCGCAUAAAAUUCUCCACAAAUCUGUCUGCUAGGAAUGAACGAUUUGAAUCGAAAUCGAAGAAAAGCAAAAUAGGCACACCCGCUCCGUACAAACACAACAUCGCUGUAAGUCAUAUCGUCAAACAAACUCACUCUUCAGCAACGAAUUAACGGGGUGUGCUGCCUAUGGCGUCGAUUUACAGCUCCACUCAGGUGGAUGCUUAUUUUUCCCGUUCCGGUGCAGACAGGAAAUACUGAGUGUUGUGAGAGGUGUAUUUGUGUGUGAGUGCGUGAGUGAGUGUGUUCGGUACUGCUGCAAGUGCUCUGAUGUUGGUGUUGCCUAUGGCUCUACAACAAAAGCUCCCAAAACACAUCCAUCCGUCACUGGGUUGAAGUGGUGUAUCAUCAUGUUGUUCAGUGGCAGCGGCGGCUGUAGAAGCAGCAGUAGCAGCUGCUGCAAAGGGUGCGCAUGAAGUAAAGUGGCGUAAUCGGAGUUGGAGGAUCGAUCAGGAAUGCAUUAGUGUGUCUAUUUACCACUGGUGCCUGCACAGUGUUGUAAGUGCGUGUGUGUGUGUGUGCACGUAGGUGUUUGUGAAUGUGAUCAUAUGUGUGCGUAGGUUUAGGGCCUGUGAGUGAUUCUAUCGUUGUGUGUGCAAACGAGACAAGCAGAUGCGAAAAGAAAAGCGCCCAUCGGGGAAGGAAUGUGAUCCACUGUGAGCGGAGCUAUGGUGGUGUACCGUGGGAUCUAAAAGCUGCAGUGUGACGACAGUGAAACAUAGCAGCGAGCGAAAUUGCAUUUUGAAACGAUGAAAAAAGGGUUCUGUUACUGAAGGGUUUGCCCAUCGCCAGUGACCAGUCUAGUGCACCGGUUGCAUAAAAAAGGUUCCACGAUAGCACGCGCUGGUGUGACGGCGCAAAGGGAACAAGAAGAUAGAUGCAAUUCAUCAUCGUUGCACAUGGGCCAAAUGCGGUCCUGCAACUUGUGUACACCUGAGGACGUUAUCUUUUGAUCACGUUAGCAAAAAACAGGCAAGUCGUGGAGAAAUACGACUGUAAGAAGCAGAACGAACGAACGAACGAACGCCGACGUUCCAAGCUCAAAUUGAAUCAAGCAGAUCGACUUUCUCGCCCUGCAGCCCACAACAGCCAGAUGAUUGCUUGUUUACCCCAUCGAAUCGGCAACGGAACCCAGCAGCUACGCGGCGACAUGCCAGGAUAAAGGACCCGGGGAGGGAAGCGUGAAACCCAAUCACUAAUGUACGAGCCUGCGCGGGGAGCAUGGCGGACGAAAGCGCACAACAAAUCACGCACACAACUAGCAACAGCAACAGCAGCAGCAGCAGCAAAAAAUCGAAAGCAAAAUAAAUAAAAGGACCCUGGUGGAAUUUCGGUCCGCCGCAUUUACCAUCGCAAGUCGUCGCAUCGCAUCAACGUCAGGGCGCUGUCGCAUUCAACGAACUCAGUGAAUAAAACGAAACCACCUCCACCGGCAUCCGCGAACAUAAUCCGAAAUCGAUCGGCCACAACAUAAUAAAAAGCAAGUUUGGCAGAACCGCAGGACGUUGCCGCGCGCAAAACGAACUCGCCGCGCGGACCGACCAGUGUGCGGGGGAGAGAUUAUCAUAAAAUUAAAUCAAACGCGGCUCAAUUUACUUACUCGCCGGAAUCGCUGCCCCGUGGCCAUGUAUCCGUCGUCGCUAGUGUUGGUGCUGACAUUUGCUCAAAUCGUGCUGGUGUUCGUGGGCAACCGGGGAGCGACCGGAUCGCGGCCCGGCUCCAGCCACCGACUGGACGUGUACAUAGCGGGCUUCUUCCCGUACGGGGAGGGCGUAGAGAACGGCGAGACCGGGCGCGGUGUCAUGCCUAGCGUGAAGUUAGCGCUCGACCACGUGAACGAGCACUCCACCAUCCUGCGCAACUACCGGCUGCACAUGUGGUGGAACGAUACGGAAUGCAAUGCGGCCGUCGGCAUGAAAUCGUUCUUCGACAUGAUGCAUUCCGGACCGCACAAGCUGAUGCUGUUCGGGGCGGCCUGCACCCACGUGACGGAUCCAAUUGCCAAAGCCAGCAAGCACUGGCACUUGACGCAGCUGUCCUACGCCGACACGCAUCCGAUGUUCACCAAGGACGCGUUUCCAAAUUUUUUCCGCGUGGUACCGUCGGAGAACGCGUUCAACGCGCCCCGGCUAGCGCUGCUCAAGGAGUUCAAUUGGACGCGCAUCGGCACCAUUUACCAGAACGAGCCGCGCUACUCGCUGCCGCACAACCACAUGGUCGCCGACCUGGACGCGAUGGGUUUGGACGUGGUCGAGACGCAAAGCUUCGUGUACGACGUGGAGGAAUCGCUGCGCAAGCUGCGCGAGAAGGACGUCCGCAUCAUCUACGGCAACUUCAACGAGUUUUGGGCCCGUCGGGUGUUCUGCGAGGCGUACAAGCUGGACAUGUUCGGUCGCUCCUACCAGUGGCUUGUUAUGGGCACGUACGGUAACGAGUGGUGGGCCGAAAACGAUACCGACUGCACGGUCGACCAUGUCACGACGGCACUCGAGUCAACGAUCCUUGUGGACCUGCUGCCGUUGUCCACCAGCGGGGACAUUACCAUUUCCGGCAUUACGGCCGACGAGUAUCUGACCGAGUACAACAGCCGACGGGGUGGCGAAUAUUCGCGCUUUCACGGCUACACUUACGAUGGUAUCUGGGCCGUUGCCAGCGCCAUUCAGUACGUGUCCCAGCGCAAGGAACACUCCCUGACACACUUCGAGUAUCGAAUGAAGAACUGGGAGGACAUAUUUUUAGAAGCGCUCAAGAACACCAGCUUCGAGGGAGUUACGGGUCCGGUGCGGUUUUACAACAACGAGCGAAAGGCGAGCUUUCUGCUGAAGCAGUUCCAGAACGGUGCGGAAGUAAAGAUUGGCGAGUACAGUUCACUCACCGGGCGGUUGGAUCUGAGCUUGGGCCAUCCGCUCAAGUGGGUUGGCCGAAGCCCACCCAAAGAUCGCACGCUACGAAUUAUCGAACACAGCCAGGUGAACAUCACCAUCUUCGUCGUGUUAGCAAGCACCUCCUGCGUAGGCAUUAUAAUGGCGACCGUAUUUCUCGCCGUCAACAUUACCUUCCGCAAUCAAAGGUACAUUAAAAUGUCCAGCCCUCAUUUGAACAAUCUCAUCAUCAUUGGCUGCAUCCUCACGUACUUGAGCGUAAUAUUUCUCGGCCUCGACAGUGGGCUGAGCAGUGUGGCUGCGUUCCCAUAUAUCUGCACGGCCCGGGCCUGGUUGUUAAUGGCCGGCUUCAGUUUGGCGUUCGGUGCCAUGUUCUCCAAAACGUGGCGUGUGCAUUCCAUCUUCACCGACCUGAAGCUCAACAAGAAGGUGAUAAAAGAUUAUCAGCUGUUCAUUGUGGUCGGUGUGUUACUGGCGAUCGAUCUGGCGAUCAUGACCACCUGGCAGAUAGCCGAUCCAUUCUAUCGCGAAACGAAGUACAUCGAACCAUCGGAGCAUCCGACACUGGAGGACGUGAUCAUCGUGCAGGAGAACGAAUACUGCCAGUCGAGCAAAAUGACCAUCUUUAUCGGUGUCAUCUACGCGUACAAAGGGCUGCUGCUAAUCUUCGGUGCCUUUCUUGCAUGGGAAACCCGCCACGUGUCCAUACCGGCACUGAACGAUUCGAAACACGUGGGCCUGUCGGUGUACAACUGCGUGAUCAUGUGCGUGAUGGGGGCUGCUAUCGCGCUCGUCCUGUCCGACCGAAAGGAUGCCAUGUUCAUACUGAUAUCCGUGUUCAUCAUUUUCUGCACGACGGCCACACUCUGCCUGGUGUUUGUGCCAAAGCUGGUGGAACUGAAACGCAACCCUAGCGGGGUGGUUGAUAAAAAGGUACGUGCCACGUUGCGUCCCGUCUCGAAGAACCGCCGUGACUCGUCGGUCUGCGAACUAGAGCAAAGAAUGCGCGACGUUAAGCAGACCAAUUGCCGCUUCCGGAAGGUGCUGAUGGAGAAGGAAGCGGAGCUGCAGGCGCUCAUCAAACGAGUUGGCCCGGAAGCUCGGGCUUGGAUUGGGCUGGAAGCGUCCUCUUCCGAGCCGGACAUUAACAAGGAAUCGGUCAAGGUGCAGGUGAAAAAGGAUUACGCAAGUGAAGGAACUGACUUCACAUCCAUUGGCAGCGUGGGUUCAAGCAAUGACACACUGGAUUCGGCAGGACCUGAAAGUCGUAAGCAGAAGAAAACUACCGUAGUCCUGCCCGGGGAAGAGUUGCCGGCCACGGCGGCAGCGUCUGGUUCGCGUGUCAAUCUGGCGACGGCUAUAACAACGAUGGCAGUGGGGGCCGGCGCCGGAGUAGCUUCAAUUGCCGCGGUCACAACCGGAUCCGUAGGGCAGGUCGGACAGACCAGCCAAGCUACGCAGGCCACCAGCACCGUACACAAUGCAGCAGCACAAUCCCAAGGACCGGCUGUCACGGCGACUGCCAAGUCAACACAGGCAACUGCCGCGCAAACCAUCAACGUUAGUACGAGCGUACCGGUUGAUCCGAGCAAACCCAUGUUCAACGACGUCCGGCGGGAGUCUGUGUCGGCUAGCUCCAAGUGGUCUCCAGGGCAGGCGCUGCAUCACCAACAACAGCAAACACAAACCGUGGAACAGCACCGGCACUACGACGAUGAGCGUACGACGAACGGUCCAACGACGGUCGCGAGGUUUAGCGCGCAAGCGAACAGUAGUUCUACAACCUCCACCACACAUUCCAACACGGAACUGAAUCAACUGUGCCAUCACUCAAAAACGAGUGGUAAGAGUAGAGGAGAUUUGAACAGCGAUGGAUCACGGCGCGUCAGUGUACAGAUGACGUCCUCGCUGAAGGGUAACUUUGUGGUUUCCCAGAGUGAUCUUUGGGACACGCACACGCUAUCACAUGCCAAGCAGCACCAGCGACAAUCGCCGCGAACGCAUCAGGGCUCGAGCCGCUGUCCCGACCAUGGACAUCUAAACCAAACGCCACAGCAACCACAGCAGCAGCAGCAGCAACAACAACAGCAUGCUCAACAGCAAUACGAUUAUGACAAUAGUGCAACCACUUCACCAGGGCCAAUCCAACGAAGCGUUUCGGAAAAGAAUCGCACCAAGCAUCGGCACAAACAGCAGCAUAAGAGUACAGCGUGCCAGAGCGAAACGGACAGUGAACGGGAGCAGCGCGACUAUCAGAACUUUUCUUCGUCCAUCUGCUCGACGGCGGCCAGCUCGACGGCGACCGUCUCCAUGGUCGGCAGUACGGCCGGCGGCGGUAGCGUUAGUGCCGGCGGGUACGUUACACCCAACAAGAUGUCGUCACGAAGGCUAACCAAGUCGCAGCAUUCGCACCAUCACUCGACACCGAAUGUAGCACCGGGGAUGGAGCGAGCAGGCACGAUGGAUCGCAAGCACCGGACGAGUGAUUCGCGCGGGACGGCCGAUGGCAGCACGGGCGGCAGUGUCGGUGGACACAUUAGCAAGCAUCGAAAAAAGGAGGGCUCCGCCUCGAAGCCAAACCUGUACGGUGCGUGCUCAGAAUCGGAGCUGCUGGAUGGUGAAACGGCCAUCCUGCCCAUCUUCCGCAAGCUGCUUAACGAAAAGGAGUCUAGGUAUAGAGCAAGAAAUAUGGUAGGCGCCAGUUGCCCUAAUAUAUCGAUUAAAUGUGAUAUUGUUGAGUAUUUGUAAACUUUCCAAGCGGCAACGUUUAUCAUAUAAAAAAACGCUCCUGGCCAACAGAGUACGAUCAACGCGCUGCUCAUGCGCUAGGCGUGCGUGAGAGUUAGUACUUACUAAUAGUGAAGUACAAUUAUCCGGGUCCGUGAUCCGCCAAAAAAAAAAAA